CAAAAACAAAAAAAGAAAAAGAAUUCUGCUGUAGUUUUAAGGAUAAAAGCAAUAUCGAAUGAAGGGAAAUCAACAAGGAAGUUUGGAAUGACUGACUCCGGUAAUUUUCAGCUCAAUUCUUGAAAUUUGAAUUUUUCAUUCCAAAGGGUAUAUGCAAUUUUUUCAAAUUUUCACCCUCCACAAAAUCAAGUAACAGAUGCGUCGCUCGGAUGCUAAAAGUGUCAAGUAUGAAGAAAAAAGAAAAUAAAAAUGCGCAAGGCUGUUUUUCAUAAACUCAAAAGUGCCGACUCAUGACUCGGUUCCCAUAAACAAAACUUAGUAUUCCUCUCGUCUCCAAAUACAAAACAAACACUCUUAGGAAAAGGCUCUUGCAAACCAAAGUAAGAAAAGAAUCUUCAUAAAUCUACGUACAAACGGAAAUCAAUUUUUGUCUACAAAAUUUUUCUGCACAAAAUUCACCUUGUUGCUGAGAUGAAGUCACCAUUUAUAUCGAGAAUUCAUUCGCAUAAUAGCGACACAACUCGGAUACUGAAAGGCUGUCUAUUUCAUCAAAAAAGGGUUAUCUUUCUUAUGUAAACAAUACCGGCUGACUUUAACGUUUUCCAUUACUUAAAUGGACAACAGUUGUUACCUACUAUAAGAAAGAGAAAGACUGCCAAAAACAACCAUAAAAAACGAGAAUUGUGAUUUGCAAACAAUUUGUAUGUGUUUAUCUUUUAAAUCAAAUUAAACGAAGGAAAAGAGCGGUUCUUUUCUCAUCAGCUUGUUUUUGAAACGUUUGGACGCGCCAUUUUCACAACACUAGAGCCAACAGCCCGUCUUUGAAAUUUUGCAAGAAUCUCUCUUUCGUUGUUUCUCGCGUUAGAGACGCAGGCUUCAUAGAUGAAAAUUUCUUCUUGUUAAAGCUCUGGAUUCUAAAAUAACGUAAAAUAUUUGGUCAAAUUUUCUUCAAUAUCUUUGUUUGUUAAAAUUUUGUUUGUCAUCAGCCUUGCUUCCUUUAAAGCUUGUGAAACGCUUUCAAAUAUUAUAAUAAUAGAAGGCCUUUUUUUUCUCUCUCGCUCUCUCUCUCUCUUCUUUUUUUUUAAGUUCUAAUUUUCUGAGGUUUUCAUUCUUGCCAUCUUGUCAUGCAAAUCCCUUCUUCGACAUCAACCUUCACUCCUUUGCCCACUGAAGUAUCUGAGCAGCCAGUUCCUUCUUCGCCAUCUUCGCCAUCUUCCAAAGGUCCUAUCUCUCUACGGCCAAAUCAGAAUGAAGAUUCUACUGAGAGACCGUCCAAUGUGGUGGAACCUGCCGAUGAUCAAAAUCCUGGUUCUCCCAUAAAAGACAUAGGUUCACCUGACGCCUCAUCUGCUUCAUCCGGUGCAUCCUCUGAAACCUCAAAAUCAGCAGGCUCAACCCAAAAGACAAAUCCUCCUCAGCUAUAUCUUCAUCUAGAAUCCGCCAACCCAAAGGCUUUAUCUACUUUUGAAGAAAUUCCGAAAUGCAUUUAUUCUGGGCAUCUGGGCGAACCUCCUCAAAACGAGGCAAUGACUUGUGAUUGUAGACCUCAAUGGGUAGAUGGUGUCAACAUCGCUUGUGGUCCUGAUUCCAAUUGCAUCAAUCGGAUGACUUCCAUUGAGUGCACUGACGAUAAUUGCUUUUGCGGACCUCACUGUAGAAACCAACGAUUUCAGCGUCGGGAAUUUGCUCCUGUCGACGCCUUUUUAACCGAAAAAAAGGGAUUUGGACUCCGAGCAGUCGUGGACAUCCCAAGGUAUGCUUUUGUAUACGAGUACAUUGGAGAGGUUAUUCCUGAGCAGAAGUUUCGGAAACGUAUGUGCCAAUACGAUGAAGAAGGCAUUAAGCAUUUCUAUUUUAUGAUGCUUCAAAAGGGAGAAUACAUAGAUGCCACAAAAAGGGGGUCAUUAGCACGCUUUUGCAAUCAUUCUUGUAACCCAAACUGUUACGUGGAUAAAUGGAUGGUAGGCGAUAAGCUUCGGAUGGGUAUAUUUAGCAAAAGAGAUAUCCUUCGAGGUGAAGAAUUAACAUUUGACUACAACGUCGACAGAUAUGGUGCUCAAGCGCAGCCUUGCUACUGCGGUGAGCCUUGUUGUGUGGGCUAUAUUGGUGGUAAAACUCAGACAGAAGCACAAUCGAAAUUACCUGAAAGUGUUCGCGAAGCUCUUGGAUUAUCCGAGAAAGAAAACCGGGAAAGCUCUUUUGCUCGCAAGCAACGCCGUAAAAACGCCGUGGAUGAUCUUGCUCAAUUAGUUCAACAGGUCAAGGCUACUCCCUUAACACCGGAGUCUGCUACAAAGGUUGUCGGUGUUCUUCUACAAACUAAAGACGAAGCAUUAAUUCGAAAACUGAUGGAAAGGAUUUUUUUGACCACCGAUAUCUCUGUUUGCAGAUGUAUUAUUGCUCUACAUGGUUAUAAUAUUUUUGGAACCAUUUUGAACAACUUUGAUUUUGAUCAUGAGUUCGUCCUUCGCUGUCUCAUAACGAUGCAAUCUUGGCCUCGACUUACCCGAAACAAAAUACAAGACUCUAACAUAGAGCCAGUGGUUAAGCAAGUGUUUCAACAUACAGAUAACGAAGAAGUGAAAAAGGCUGCCGAAAACUUACUAAAUGAAUGGGCAUCUUUAGAACUGGCAUAUCGUAUUCCUAGACGAAAGAUCAUUUCACAGCCGUCUCAGGAUGAAAAUAGUAAGGACUCGAUUGCGGAAAUAAAACUAGAAGAUGCCUCUAGUGAAAAACAAGAAAAUACACCCGAAUUAGACAACAAUUCGCCAAUAAAUUAUCGCUCUGAAAAUGAAAAUCGGAAUUUUAGCAAGUUUGAAAAGCAUAAUGGAUAUGCUACGCAUAGAGGACAAUACCACAAACGUCCCUCACUUCAUAAACAUCGUCGCAUAUCAAAUAGUAGCUCUUUUUCGGACAACCGCAACACUAAUGAUGAACCUGAUCUGACCAAAAAUAAUACUUCGGCUACUCCAAAAAUUGAUUUAAAGCAAAUAAUUUCCGCUGCCAUGGAUAGCGUUAAUCAUAAGAAGCUUGCCAAAGAACAAGAAGAGGAAAAAGAACGACUGCAGCAGCAGAAAAAGGAAGAAAAGCGAAAACUCGCAUAUGAAGAAGCUCAAAAAAAGCACACUAAAAAACAAGAACGGAAGCAAACUCAUAAAAAUGAAGGCACAAAGAGUCCUAAUGAGCAUCAUCUAUCCUCACAUUCACCUGCUGCGCUGGCAUUCAAAACACUUUUAGCUAAAUUUUUCGCAAACAAAACUGCACGAUUUCAAGAAAAGCUUGGAAAGUCGGAAUUUAAGCUGCGAAUCAAGAAAAUGACAGAAAUUAUGUUAAAGAAACAUCUACAACUGGUUAAUAGUAAAAAAGAACGAGCGCUUCCAGCUGAGUUGUCAGAUUCUCAACAGUCCAAAUUGAAAGCUUGGGCUUUCCAAUACCUUAAUUCAGUAAUGGAACGCGGAGGAGAUCAUAAUAGCCCUUCAGAAACACCUACUACUGUAGAAAGUCCUUUGAAGCGCUCUAACUCAGCAACGGACGAGACUGAUUCGACAAAGCGCAUUCGGUCUGCAUAAAAGGGCUCAUACCAUAAAAAAAUUUUGGGUGUUUAACGUUUAUUUCCUUUUGAAAAAGCUUAAUACUUACUUGUGUCUAAAAUUUAUUUAAUAUAGAUAAAUGUGUACUAAUAUGAAUUUGAACUUUCUAUAAAUAUUAUUUGAUAAUUGUUUUCAUAACCCUCCAUUAAUAGAUGAAAAGGGUAUGAAUAACUAUAAAC